AUGGGUUCCUCAGCCGAGGCCAUAGCCCAGCUCCAGCAGUACAGCGCAUGCGACAUCUCCGACGCCCUGCUCAAGCUGAAAGUCCCUGGCGCCGGCUUCGUCGCUGACCUCAACCUCUACAGCCCACCCGCUGGCGACUCGGCUUCAGUGACCAUUGCGCCAGUCUCAACCGUCUUGUUCGCCGCCAAGGGGCAGGACCUUGCUGAGCCGACGUCCAAUAUCCCCAAGGGCGUCCAUUGGGCCGAUUUGACAGUUCCGGGAACCAUCGUGGUGCUCAAGCAGCCGGAGGGGCAGAAGAAUGCCAUCUGCGGGGGCAUCAUGGCAGUUCGCAUGAAAGUCUGUCAAGCCGAGGGGAUCAUCGUGGCCGGACGAGCACGGGACAUUACCGAACUAAAGAGUACGGCCCUUCCCAUUUGGGCCCGAGGGCUCUCCACCGUCGGCGCCGGGGGCGGAAGCGUCCCCUGGGCCACACAAGUGCCGCUAGAUAUCGAUGGAACUCUCGUCUCACCGGGAGACCUAGCCUUUAGCGACCCAAUCAAUGGGGUGGUCAUAAUCCCGAAGGACAAGGUCUCUGCCGUGCUGGAAUUGCUCCCGAGGUUGACAUCAGCCGAUGACAAGGUCAAGGAGGAUGUGCUCAAGGGUGUGACGGUCCACGAAGCCUUCAAACGUCACCGGAGCAACCUCUGA